AUGGAAAAGCAGCUCGAGGCAUUGAAUAUCGAUGAUACCUUCGAGUCGGAUCAGAAGCCAUCGCAUAAUAAAAUAAUCAGGACGUUCAGUUUUCCGUCCAGCAAUAAACCUUUUUUUAAGGCUUUGGAAGAAUCAUCCAAGUUUGACAGGCAUUACAGCGAACAAAUAUUAUAUCCCAACAUUUGCACCAGGAAACCGGAAAUAUUAUCGGAGAUGCAGGCACGCACAAAAAACACAAAAUAUAGUUUUAAUGACAAGAGCAAGUUCCCGGAGCAUUUCUGGCGUACGAAGAUCGAUAAUGCAUCAUCACUUAUGCCUGCAAACGAUCAAGUGGAAUAUAUGGAAGUAGAAAAGUAUCCAGAUUUAACAAAUAAUAUCCAUGAUGCUGUAUCGUUCGCACCUAUACUAACAAACAAUCAAGAAGUUAUGGAAGUAGAAAAAUUUAUAGAUCCUUCAGAAUGUGUAGGCUUAUCAAAAUCGUUUUCUACAAUCUCUACAAUGGAAUCAUUAUCCCACGAAAACUCAAGAUUUGUAAGAUUCAAAAAGACAAUUCAGACUGUACGAACGAAGACGAUAAAAAUUAUAAGAAACCGAAAAAAAACCUUCGAAAAAACUUCUAAAUGUUCGAAAGUCAAACGAGCUCUUUGUAUAUGUUUUGUAACAAUUUUGUUAAUAUUAUCUUCGAUAUGCGUAUUUCUGUUUUCGGUACCUUUACAUGAAGAUCAGAAUAAUAAGCAUAGUGAUACUUUUACGACUGCCGUUGUUGAAUUGGAAAAACACAUUUUCGGCCAGGAUCGAGCUAUACAAGUCUUGAGCAACUAUCUUCAGCAAAAUUCACCUCUCUUCAAAAUAAUAGCUCUCGUCGGUGGUACAGGUGUCGGUAAAACAUACACGGCAGAAAUUAUAAGAAAGAAGUUUCGUGAAAAAACUAGUGAUCAUGUCUUCUUUCCUUCGCGCGCGGAUUUGUUCAUCUUGGACAAUUUGAAGGAAGAACAUUCGUCGGACGUUAUAAGCUUUGUAAAAGAGCAUCGAAAGAAAUAUGGCGAUCGAUACGACACUGUAUUAGCUAUUUUUAAUGUCGAGCAGAUGAAUGACGAUUUGACGCGUAGUAUAGAUUUGAAUAAAAGUAUAAAUACAAUAAGAAAUACUUUCGCAGACGCAAAUCUCAACGUCAAAAUUAUUCCUUACGAACCCUUGAGCGAGGAUGUUUUAGAAAAAUGCAUUAUAAACACGGCGAAAAAUGUCAAACUAUUACUCUCUCAAGAUCAGAUCGCUCUUAUUAAACGACAGUUGAUAGAAAAUAAUGUCGGUUGCAAGGGAGCGUAUGGUAAAAUUCAAGUAAUUGGUAGACAAUAAAAAAUGGUAUAUUAUAUUAUUUCUAAGAUGACAAGGCUCAUACAACAAUUCUUUUGUGACUGAUAUAAUAAUAUUCGAUUAAAUAAUGUAUAUAUAGUUUUUUUUCAAAUAUAAUUGCAAAGAACUGAGCAAAGUCUGAGAUGUUA